CGGGGCUCGGCGCCGGGGACGGCGGAGCGGUGCUGGUGGCGGCGGCGGUGCCAGGGUCCUGUGUCGCGGCACAGCGUGGCACCGCGGGCGGCAGAUGAUUUUAACCGGCGCUGAUGUGCCCAGCAGCAUGUGUGUGCAUGUUCAGUGUCUUUCCAGGCAUCUCUUCUGUCCUUUUCAAUAGAAGAGAUGUUUGAAAAUAAUGCUUUCCAGACGGGAUUUACAAUUGACUGGAUUUUCCAUUAGGCUGUAUGGCUGCAACUGCUUCCUCUCUAAUUGCAGCUGUAGAAUGCUGUCAGCGAGCAUUUGGUGUCUCACGGAAGAAUGGAACGGAGAGCAAAGGUCCUGAGGCACCCAGCAUGGCCCCAGGAGCAAGGAAGCCUUUAAUCCACACCCAAGCAAGUCCAGUCUUGCUGCAGCUCCAGUGAUGGUCAACAGCAGUGCUGGCCACAGCAGUGAGAUAAAUCCCCCUGUCAAGCUCACCACAAGCUGCACAGACCCUGGUACUGAUAGGGAGGAGCUGUUCUUGCCUCACUGUCUGAUAUGACAUUCAUCACAACCUUGAGUAUUUGCUAGUUUCAACUGUGCAAUCUAGUUUGAUCUAUUUCACCAUAAAAUAAAAAGGAAAGAGACAUCCUCUGUUUUAGCAGGCUGGGAAUGGAGUGCAUAGUUUGGAUACCAGCAGUGGGACAUCUUACCAGAACAAAGCAUCCAUGGGACCAUUGUUAAUCAAUGACUUCUAAGUGCAGGAUUGGUGCUGUUGGAUUGGAAACAGGUGCUACAGGAUGCCAGGUGAGGUGACUGAGAGCAGCAGUGGGAUGGAGGAGACUGUGCAGAAAGACAGCAAGCCUGGAGGCCAGAGCCCUCGCUGUGGGACAAUGAGAAGGGCUGUGGCAACCACUGUCACCUUUGAUGGGGAAGCCACUAUGGACCGCAGGAAAAAGAAGAAGAAAGAGUCCCGGCCCGAGUCAAUAAUCGUGUAUCGGUCCGAGAAUGACAAUAAGGUGGAAGAAGAACAGGUGGAUGAAGAAGGAGGGGAUAAGAGCUCUGAGGAAGGCUCCAAGUUCCUGGGUCAGUCUAUGACAGAUGGUGUCUGGAACAUGCCUUUAGACAGCCGCUAUGUCACCUUGACUGGAACAAUCACCAGGGGAAAGAAGAAGGGUCAGAUGGUGGACAUCCACGUCACCCUAACAGAUAAAGAGCUGCAGGAACUGGCUAAGUCAAAGGAGCCUCCUAAAGAAGAUGUACCUGAGAAAAAGAAGAAAUGUGAUGUUGGGUUAGACAGAGGACCUCACAUCGUCCUCUGGACCAUCAUCUGCCUCCCCAUCAUUUUUGUAGUGUCCUUCGUGGUUUCAUUCUACUAUGGAACCAUUACAUGGUACAACAUCUUCUUGGUGUACAAUGAAGAGAGGACCUUCUGGCACAAAAUCACCUUUUGUCCUUUUUUAAUUAUCUCCUACCCAAUUAUAAUUAUGGUUGUUUCUUUCUCCCUAGGCCUGUAUUCAGCUGUAGCCCAGGUAGCAUGGUCCUUUGGGUACUGGUGGCAUGCUGUCAGGGAUAUGGAGAAAGGAUUCUGUGGCUGGCUCUGCAGCAAGCUGGGCUUGGAAGAUUGUUCUCCGUACAGCAUUGUCGAGCUGCUUGAUUCUGACAAUAUCUCAGGUAGUCUCUCUGCCAAGAGCUCUGCGCAGGGGGUUGAGACCUCAGCAGUCUGAGCCUUUGUCCUGGAUGACUAUUUUGGUCAUACACCAGUGUUCUCACCUAGAAGAUAACACACUGAUUAAAAAAAAAAAUAUAUAUAUAUAUUUAAACACAAAUUUAAUGAAUAAAAUAUUGGGCUGAGAGUCCUCUUUAAAUGUCACAGAAUGCAAGAAUGCUAGCUUCACAUGCUCUGGGUGGGGAGGUGCAUGGCUUUCCAAGGAUUUGUCAUAUGUUGUAGCUAAUUACAGCUUCUGGGAGUCAUAAGAAAAUCCAGGUCUGCAGGGCUCUGGCUGUUCGUGGAGUAGCAGAGACAUAUUGUGAUAAGUCCACUUCUGUCAAGGCAGACUUUACUUUUCAGCAGUAGGACAUAAAUGUGACCUAUGACAGAGUGAAAAGAAGUCUCUGCUCAGGGGAUGAACUGCAAGAGAUUGGAACCCAUUCAGAGGUGAAGGCUAAAUUGCAAAAUAUGUGAUGUUCCUGCAGUUUUCUUAGAAAGGGACCUUUCCCAGUCCUUCCAACAAGAGCAGCUAACUUAGGCAGGCUGACUGCUUAGACACUGUCAGAGUCCAGUGUCACAGACCACUGAAAUAGUGGGAGAGGACAGCAUAGCUGCCAACAAAGGCAAGUGAGUUCUACACUGACCUGAAACAGCCCCAUCCCACAAUGGGAGAGCAGAGCUUGCUUUGUAAUGUGGUGUGUGGGGACCUGAUGGGGCGGUCACCAAGAACCCUCAAGUGGCUGCAGGUUCUCAGAUAGGUGCUUGGAACACAUCUGCAGUGGUUCUCUUGGUAUGUGCACUUCUAGGGAGGAAUGAUCUACAGGAGUUAUGCAGUGCAAACAGUUAGUUGUAUUAUAGGGAGGAAAUACUAGCUCUGAGGAGGUGCCUGCCCCUAAGGAGGGGACAAUCCAUUUAUAUCACACUGCAGUGCAGGUGUGGACUUGCAUUACCUGGAUUUAGGGAGGUGGAGUUGAAGGCACUUGGGAUGCGAAGGGCUCUGAAACAAGUUAUUCUGGUUUUCAAGUUGUUCUUAUGGAAGAGCUGUUGAACCUCCCCUUUCAGAAUGGGGAAGUCCAGAAGUUCAUGUCUAUCCGUGCUUCUGGAAAUCUGUGUCACCUUUCCCAACUCAUCCCUCUUCCUAUUUAAUUAUGUGGAAGAGAAUGAAUUGUACCUCUUUCUCCCCUCAUGUCUCAUUUUCAUAAUGGGUUUCCCUCCUUUUUGGAUAUUUUAUGGCAUCAUAGUGGGCUCCCUGACCAGGCAGAGGUGGCCACCACAGGCUGGAGAAAUUCAAAUUGUCUCUUUAAAAAAUGACUAGCAGAAAAGUUCUUUAUUCUCAAUCAUCUAUUGGGGUUUUGGCCUAAGGAGAUGAGCAAAAUAAAAGAGAGGUAUAGCAGAUUCUAAUGGGGACUGAGUAACACAUUUGAAAGGCAGUUAAUUUUCUCAGUGCUCCAGUUCAGCUGGUGCUGCUGGAAAGUCUGUGAGGCCCAAGCCAGACGAGCCCACCAUUUGCUUGCAUGUAGGUAGGUAAGUGUGAUGUGCAGUCUGUCAGCUGUGCAGUCACUCCUGUCUCUGGAGGUGUCUCCCUAUGGGGGGGGGAACUGCUCUAGUUUUAGGAUGAUAGAAAGAAGCAUUCAGAAGCUGGAUUUCACAGAAACUAAUGCUUUGUGUUGCAUUUUAAGGCUGAGCUCAAGAUUACACUGACUGUCCUGGUUAGAACAUCUGGGAACUGGUGAUGUAUAAACAAGUCCAUCUGAUCCUCUAGUCCUGACACUGAGAAAUAAGUAGUUCCUGCUGCAUCCUUGGUUCCUGGGAGGUCAAAGGAGCCUCGUAGCAUUGGCUGAAGGCUCAUCAGUAAGUAAUGCACAAGCUAAAUAUCAAGAGCAGUCUUGGCCCCACACUUAACUGGGAAAGCAGUGGUGCUCCAUGGGCACAGGUAGAGCCAGGCUGUGUUUGUUGCUUCCUGCUGUCAUUUUUUACUGGUGAAGUCUUUCAAAGCAAUUACUAACUUCCAGAAAAAAAAAAAAUAGAAUAGACCCCAAUCUGUGAGACUACGUCAGGUAGUUUAGUGGGAUUCAAAGAGGCUGACAUACACACGGGACUGGUUCAAGCAGUGGAAUGCCUUUCACAGGCCUGCUCCAGUCAGGCAGGCUGAUACGCCUCUGAAUCAAUGGAGAUGCUGAGGAUAAGCCAUGCCAGUGCUGGCAGUCUGUAGUGACCUAGUGCAGCCACUCUUCUUAAUACUGCUCCACAUGGAAAUUGCAGGCUCCCACAUGGCUGGAGGAUGGGAAUAAGUGAUGCUUAACAAGCAUUAAGGAAAAAGAAGGUCCUCUGGCAAGUGUUCUCACGCUUUGCCUAGAGGGAUGCUGCUGGCAUGAAAGGGGUGGAUUGUGUAUCUUGGCCCCAACGUGCAGCAGACAAGUUUGGGGAAAGGAUGGCUGGCAAGUGUGCAUUGCUGCAGAGGGAGAAACUCAAUUCAGCUGUCACUGCCAAACAGCAGCUGUUCAAGGCUAGACGAAAGGCUGGGGUCAAUAGCACAAAGAGCCUUCAGCUUACAGAGGGCUUGAAUGAUAAAUACCAGCUCAUUACAGAAUACAUCCAUGUGAAAUGUCUGCUGAGCUGCAGGAUUUGCUUUCAGGAUUGCUAACAGCCCUCUGGAGUAGAGACAAAACCAAAUGUGUGCCUCUUACUGCUACAUAGACACAAAGGAGCAUCAGAGUACCCUCCCUCUGCAGUGCAGCUGUGCUUCUGGGUUUGGGGGUCACAUUUUGGGGGAUAUGCUGGGACAAUCCAUCAUGUGUUUUCUACUUCUUUACACUUAACUAAGCUUUCAUUGUCUCCUGCUAAAUUCAAGACAUUCUCUCAUUGAUUUUGGUGGGGGCUAUUUAAGCUUGGUGUUAGUUCUGGUGCUUGGGGUUAGUUUUGGUGCUAUUUGUAAAAGUUUAAUCAGACUUUUCUCUAAGCAACUGCAUAGCUUUUUCUCUUGCCCAUUGUCCUCUGUAGCAGUUUGCCUGUUGCAAAAUAUAUAAUAAUUAUCAAUUGUUGUAAUAGAAAAAGAGCACAAGUUUUUGUCUUGUCCUACCCUGCUUUCACAAACAAGUAAUUUUUGUUUAUGUGCCACUGUCAGACUGCAGGGAAUUCCAGUUAUUCUGAUUGUUGAGUGUGUUUCUGGCUGCUCUAGUCUGGAUGUUUUUUAAUUAAAGAUACUGUUUGCUGAUUGUUAUUUUUAAUUGCAUUUCCUUUUCCCAUCCUUGCUGGCCUGGGUGGAGAAUAAAGAUGUAUGUGGCUUUACAGGA